AUGAGGCACCUCGGUGAAAAUAUCCGCAUAAAUCAUCAUUGUGGAGAUUACCUUUAUCUUGACUACAAUGCGGCAAAGGCUUUUUCUUUGGAGGAAUUUGACAAUUAUUUUGUAGAAUUCAAGAACAAAUGCUCCGCGGUAGCCGUCGUCCUUGAGCAUGAUAUUGAUUUUGAGAAGUGGAGCAGGGCAUAUUUUCCUGGCAAUAGAUAUGAUGUGAUGACCACAAAUAUCGCCGAGUCACUCAAUGUUAUGUUGAUAGACGAAAUAGAGUAUCCCGUGACAUCUAUAUUUAAUUCGAUUGCUAAGAGGUUUGGAGAAUUGUUUAGGAAGAGGGAUGCAUAUAUCCUCAGAUCAAUGGGUAAUCAAAUGGUACUGGUUGUGGAAAAAAUUGCAAGAAAAAAAAUGAUAGAGGGCGACUCCUUGUAUGUGGAGAAUAUAACCGGGGGCGACAAUCAAUUUACCGUGUUCGAUGCGGGUGUUACUGCCUAUAUGGACCUACUGGAAAAGUCAUGUGCAUGUAGGGAAUAUGACUUGAUCAAGAUACCUUGUACUUAUGCGAUGACCGUUUUGUGA